GAGUUGUUCAAGCUGUGGUUGAAAAUUGUCCUGAAGCGUUGUUUGUAACUUCCAGAGUUUCAGAUAUCACUAUAAUUACACCAGCUUAACUGUACUACAAUGAUUCCAUUUGAGGCUCUUUUGCCAUAUGCCAUCAUGGGCACUUUGCUCACCUUAGGCGGUGGUGGUUUAGCUGUUGUAAAAGCUUACGAAAACGAUUAUAAAAGAGUUAGAUUUGGUCUUGAUAGAUGGGAUCGUCAAAUGAUGGAAAGAGAUUUUAGAUUAACAGGAAAGGUUCGUGGGCAAGUUGAUAAUGCUAUUGCUCCAGAAUUUUUUGAGACUAAUCAUGUCAGAAAAUUACAACCAAUUAGUAAAUAUUUAUUUUAAUCAAUUUUUUUGGAAUAUUUACCAAUAAUGACACAUCUAUUAAAAUUUGUGAUUCUAUCCAAUUAAAUUAUUCAAUAUUCUUAUUCUUAAUCUAUCAAUUCAUUUCAAUUCAUUUCCGCUUUUAAUAUACCAAUUAAAAAUAGAACCAACCAACACAUGUUUUAUUUCGUAGAACAAUAAUAAAGAUUAAAUUGGAACUGUCAAAAUAUUUAAUAUAGAAAAUUUAAUUUUUAAUUGCUUUAAACUACAAAUGGUAGAAAUUGAACAGUCAAUCUCAAUUUAAUAAAUUCUCGGUUCAAUAUUAUUAUGAAAUUACUAUAAGACUAUUAUAUAAAAGAUGGAAGAAAAUUGAUUGACUGAUAUAUUAAUAUUAAGCGAAUGUGUGUUAUAAUUCUG